AACAGGAAGCUCCAUUUCACACCGGAAGUAUAUUGGUUGGGGUUAACCAUGAUUUAAUUUUUAAAAAUGUACAAUACAUACUAGAAGUCAGUGUUUUUCAAAGAAAAACGCUGGCCCCUCCACUGCCUGUCACCAUGCCUGCUCUGCUGGACAGACCGAAGCUGUCCAACGCUAUGGCCAGAGCCCUCCACAAACACAUAAUGAGAGAAAGGGAGCGUAAAAGGCAAGAGGAGGAAGAGGUGGACAAGAUGAUGGAGCAGAAAAUGAAAGAGGAAGAAGAGCGAAAGAGAACAAAAGAGAUAGAGGAGAGGAUGUCCUUGGAGGAGACCAAAGAACAGGUGAUGAAGAUGGGGGAGAAGCUGCAGGGACUACAGGAGGAGAAGCAUCAGCUCUUCCUCCAGCUGAAGAAGGUCCUGCACGAGGAGGAGAAGAGACGCAGGAAGGAGCAGAGUGACAUCACAACACUGACGUCAGCCAGCUAUCAGCCCAGUCUAACCAUGCACACAGGACAGCAUCUCCUUAACAUUGAAUGCAGUCCAGUCAGUCACAACAGGGCCGGGAGUCUGAUGUCGGAGCGCAGUAAGCAGUUGUUUCCAACACCGGUCAACCCGAGUGACCGUUUCACUCUCCUCGCUCCACAGGGCCGUCACUACCAGAACCAGGCUGGGUUCAGUGCGGGCCCGGCUGAACAUGGACAGUUUGGGGGUAGUCAGUCGGUCCACGAGAGCUACGGCGUGGGCCAGACACAACACCCCUCCACCUACGCCCCUGGCCCCUCUGUACCCGUCAGCUUCGCCAGCAGCUCCCAGAUCAGAGGUGUGUCUGCAUUCCAGGCAAUGCAGUACCUCCCUCAUCAGCAGCCAGGCUAUGCUGUUCACAGUCACUUCACGUCCCAGCCUGGAUUCAUCCCUGGUGCUGGAAUACCCCUUCAGAAGCAGUUGGAACAUGCCAACCAACAGUCUGGCUUCACUGAUGCGGGUGCUCUGAGACCCAUGCACCCCCAAGCCCUCCAUACGUCCGCUGCUGGCCUGCUCCCCACUCCCUCCAUGGCUGUCCAGAUCCCCACUCCCAAGCUCUCAUAGCCAAAGCCAGAGGAAAACCAGUGUGAAUCUUGAGUAUGAAAUAAUCUUAACAGUGAAUGCAAACAUCUUUUUAAUGUGUCAACUAUAAUAUUCAAUUUAAAUUAUUACUUGGUCAUUUAAAAUAUGCAUGGUUUAGCUUAAAGUUCUUAACUGUUGCUUGAUAACAUUUCAUUGGCGCCCCUUUCCAGAGCUCUCCCCAAGCGGCUCCCCGCCACGCUUUCCUCCCCCUCACCCAGAGUGGACAGAGAAUCUAUCACCACAGCAAGUAACCAUGGUUACCUCCCCAAACUACCUUUACCAGGAGUUCUUAUCGUUGAGAUUUCAUAGGCUUCUAGAAGAUUGGAAUGAUGGGACAUUAAACUUGGAUUUUGAUGGUUGAUUGUAAAGCCCAAACCUACAGGCUUGACUUUGUAGUAAUAUUUCUUGUAUAGUUUAUUUUAUUAGUGCUGUAUUACUUUAGUUUUAGAGGCCUAGGUGUUCUAGGAAACCAUUUUCUCCACUGUGAAACUGUAUAGUGUUAUACUUUGUCAAUUUUAUUGUGUGUUUGGAUGUAUUACCUCAACUAUUAUGUCCGCGAAAUAAAUAAAUAAAGCACACACCAUUUCUAACAA